AGGAAGCUACUGUCACUACUGUACGGAUGUUCUGGCUUCAUAUAGGAUGCUCAUCUGCUCAUAUGUAAACAUUUUACAGUUUUAAAUGUUUUCAACAAACUUCUUAGUCCUUAUUGGAUUCAUAACCUAGCUGGAGGUCAAAGGUAAAAAGAACCCUCUGGAAUCAGGCCUUUGAGAAGCUGAUGGUCCCGUUUCAAAGAUGCCCUACCACUGCGUGGCUUAUGGAUGUGGCAAAACUGUAGAAGAUGGGGUGACCUUGUUUAAGUUCCCAAAGGAUCCAGAUGAGUUUCGGAAAUGGGAGAAACAAGUUCAGAGGACCCGCGUGAAGUGGGCGGCCACGCAUUUCUCCCACCUCUGCAGCGAUCACUUCGGCAAAGAGUACUUUGAGGGGAAGCUGCCAUCAGGAGCUCUGAAGCUGAGGCCCGGAGCAGCUCCCACGGUGUUUGUCCGUCCACACUGCUCCCUCUGCAGUGGAGUGGGCUGCAGAAAGUGCCUGCCUUCCAUCCAGCACUGCACCAACUCCACAGAGCGCAGGGAUACUGAAGAAAGCAAGGAAAAGGAGGCUGAAGAUGAAAACAUUGGUAAAGAGGAAAGUUUGCCAAAAGGAAGGAGGAUCUCCAGGGAAAAGCAGAGAGGCGAUGAACCACUGAUUUGUGAGAUGUGUGGAGUGACAGGAAGUUUCAACACCUUCUUCUCAAAAUCAAAACGUUUCUGCAGCUUAUCCUGUUCUCGUUCCUUUUCCUCAAACUCCAAGAAGUCCUCCAUACUGGCACGCCUGCAGGGUCGACCUCCCUCAAAAAAAGCUACCGUGCUCAACAAGAUGAUAGCCAAAGCCUCCUCUGCAGCUGCAGGAGCAGAAGCUGCUGCAACGUUUGACUGGGGCUCCUAUCUGAAGAGAGAGGCGGCCGUGGCUGCACCCGUCCCCUGUUUCGCACAUGCUCCUCUGAGCUCAUAUUGGGAUGAUGUGGUUGUUGGGAUGAAGGUAGAGGUCCUCAACACCAACUCUGUCCUUUCCAAUAAAGUCUACUGGAUAGCCUCUGUUAUUCAGAUUGCAGGAUACAAGGCGCUGCUCAGAUAUGAAGGCUACCAACACGACAGCAGCCGUGACUUCUGGUGUAGUCUGGUUUCUGGAGAGCUGAACCCGAUCGGCUGGUGCUCCAUGACCAGCAAGCUGCUGGUGCCGCCGCAGGAUGUGACAAACAUCUCGGACUGGAAAUCAUAUCUGAUGAAGAAGCUUGUGGGAUCCACCACUCUACCUGUUGACUUCUAUGCAAAGCUGGCAGAGAGCAUGAAGUGCCCGUUCAGGGUGGGCAUGCGCUUGGAGGUGGUGGAUCCUAAACACCUGAGCCGGACCCGAGUGGCCAUGGUGGACUCGGUUAUCGGUGGCCGUCUCCGGCUGCUGAUUGGGAACCAAAGCGAUGUCCAUGAGAACGCCGUCUUCGACUUCUGGUGCCACAUGUGCAGUCCUCUGGUCCACCCUCUGGGAUGGUCCAAGACGGUGGGUCAUGCAAUCAAAGAAUCUGCAGACAAUUCUGAGGCUCCAGCUAACAUGAAAGGAAGCAGUGAAAUAAGUCCCAAUGUGUUUAAAAAGCCCAGGUACGUCUACAUGGGGAAGAUCUUCUUCGAGGAAGGAAUGAAGCUGGAAGCCAUCGAUCCUCUAAACCUGGGAAACAUCUGCGUCGCCACUGUUCACAAGGUGCUGCUGGACGGCUACCUCAUGGUGGGCAUCGAUGGGAUGAAGAACGGCGCUGAUUGGUUCUGCUACCACGCUUCCUCCCACGCCAUUCUACCCAUUAACUUCUGUAAAAGGAACAACAUCACGCUCACUGUUCCUCCAGGUUCUGAUCCUCAGACUUUUACCUGGGAAAAAUAUCUGCAACAGACUAAAGCCAAAGCUGCACCAGCGUGGCUCUUUAAUACUGACAACCCGGGUCACGGUUUCUCCCCCAACAUGAAGCUGGAAGCGGUGGACCUGAUGGAGCCGCGGCUGGUGUGCGUGGCCACCGUGAGGCGCUGCGUGGGUCGCCUUCUGUUGAUCCACUUUGACGGCUGGGACAACGAGUUCGACCAGUGGAUCGACCACCAGUCCCCCGAUAUCUACCCUGUAGGAUGGUGUGAGCUGGUGGGGUACCAGCUGCAGCCUCCUCCUGGACUCGUAUUGCCUGAAAACCAGGUGGCACGGCACAAGAAACCCAAGCCCAUGGUGCACGGCAGAAAGAGAAAGAGGAAAUUUAGGAAGGGGCUGUCCCAGGAACAAGCUGACAUCACUGCUAACAAACAGCCAGAAUGUGUUGAAAGUAGCCAGCCUGAAGCCCCCCCAAUCAAAACCGAACCGCAGGAACAGGAGAUUGCUCCAGUUAAGGUGAAAGUGGAGGAGAUAGAUGGCCCUAUUGAGACCCCCCCCAGGCCCCAGCCAGCCUUACCAUGGAGGGUGAAGAAGGAGGAGGCAGAGCAGCAGGUAGAGCCGAGACCGGGUGGGAUGACACGGCUGAGCGGAGACCAUCAGAGUGAAAACCAAAUGGCGAAUCCAGACUGGAAGGACAGGAACCGAGACAAUGACAGCAGCUUGGAUGAGACGUGGGAGACCAACAGUGAGGACACUGCAGGAGAAGCUGAAGACAUGGACCUAUGAGAUCUGUUUUCAAGCUCCAUGACAGUAACGGACAAAUAAAAUGCAGAGUCUGGAUCAUUAUGGUAAAUUAUUCUCAGCCUUGCUCCCAUUAGACUGGAAUCAAUUUCCCACAGAGUCGUCCAGAGUUAAACCUCUACCUCACUUUUCCUCUUCUGUUUUUUUUUGUAAUCUUAAUGAGAUCAUUUUUGUUUGGAUGUCUGUUCAGUUAAAAAUGUUUCAUGAAAUAAACUGAUUUGCUGCUGUUUUUGUUUGAA